CCGCCUCCCCGGCCCCUCUCACGGUGCCAAGAUGGCGGCGGCGGCGGGCGGCGGCAGUUGCCCGGGGCCUGGCUCCGCGCGGGGCCGCUUCCCGGGCCGGCCGCGGGGCUCUGGCGGGGGCGGGGGCCGCGGCGGACGGGGCAGUGGGGCCGAGAGAGUGCGGGUAGCUCUGCGGCGGGGCGGCGGCGCGGCGGGGCCGGGCGGAGCCGAGCCUGGAGAGGACACGGCCCUGCUCCGUUUGCUGGGGCUCCGCCGGGGCCUGCACCGGCUUCGCCGUCUGUGGGCCGGCCCGCGUCUUCAGCGGGGUCGAGGCCGGGGCCGGGGCCGGGCCCGGGGCUGGGGCUCAGGCCCGAGCCGGGGCUGCGUGCCGGAGGAAGAAAGCAGUGACUGGGAAUCCGACGAUGAGGAGUUUCAGGGUUUUCAUUCAGAUGAAGAUGUGGCCCCCAGUUCCCUGCGCUCUGCGCUCCGAUCCCAGCGAGGUCGAGCCCCCCGAGGUCGGGGCCGCAAGCAUAAGACGACCCCCAUUCCGUCCCCUCGCCUAACAGAUGUGGCGCCUACCCCCCCAAAGACUCCUACUCGGAAACGGGGUGAGGAAGGCACAGAACGUAUGGUGCAGGCACUGACUGAACUUCUCAGGCGGGCCCAGGCACCCCCUGGUUCCCGGAACCGGGCAGGUGAGCCCUCCACUCCCCGUCGAUCUAGGGGACGGCCUCCAGGACGGCCAGCAGGCCCCUGUAGGAAGAAGCAACAAGCAGUAGUGGUGGCAGAAGCAGCUGUGACAAUCCCCAAGCCGGAGCCCCCAUCUCCUAUGGCUCCUGUAAAACACCGAACUGGCAGCUGGAAGUGUAAGGAGGGACCUGGCCCAGGGCCUGGGACCACCAAACGUGGAGGACAGUCUGGACGAGGAGGCCGUGGAGGCAGGGGCAGAGGCAGGGGCGGUCUCCCUCUCAUGAUCAAGUUUGUUUCAAAAGCCAAAAAAAUGAAGAUGGGACGAUUGUCCUUGGGACUUGAAUCAGGUCAGGGUCAAGAUCAACAGGAAAGCUGGCAGGAUGCCCCCCAAGGAGGAGUUGGCUCUGAACAGGGAGAGAGUACCUGCUGGAGGAAGGAGCAGAAGCUGGAGGAGGAAGGAGAGGAUAGAAAAGUGAGAGAUGAAGAAGAAGAGCAGGAAGAGAGAGCUGUAGCUGAAGAAGUGACGUUAGCUGUGGAGAAAGAAGACACAAAGCUGGAGUCACCGCCCCUGAGUCCUCCAACCCCUCCACUUCCUCCACCUCCUCCAGCCCCCUCAACAUCUCCACCCCCACUUUGCCCUCCAUCAUCCUCAUUGUCACCCCACCCGCUUCCAUCCCCUCCACCACCUCCUGUCUCUGAGGAGCAGGAGGAAUCUCCUCCUGUGGUUCCAGCUGCUUGCUCCAGGAAGAGAGGCCGGCCUCCCUUGACUCCCAGUCAGCGGGCAGAGCGAGAAGCUGCGCGGGCAGGGCCAGAAAGUACCUCUCCUACUCCCACGCUCAGUGCCACUGCAGGAGGCCUUCCGGAAGACAACCCCACUGUGGUCCCCAAAAGUACCACCUUCCUAAAGAAUAUCCGGCAGUUUAUUAUGCCUGUGGUGAGUGCCCGUUCCUCCCGUGUCAUCAAGACACCCCGGCGAUUUAUGGAUGAAGACCCCCCCAAGCCCCUCAAACUAGAAGUCUUACCUACACAGCGACCUUCAGUUGCCAUCUCCCCACUAGCCCUCCCAGAACCAGCACCAGCCCCCUCUCCACCACGUGCCCCAACUCCCCCGUCUACCCCUGUUCCACUCCCUGAGAAGAGAAGGUCUAUACUAAGGGAACCAACAUUUCGCUGGACCUCACUGACUCGGGAGCUGCCUCCACCUCCUCCGGCCCCCCCACCAGCCCCACCACCCCCACCGCCCCCACCUGUUCCUGUCACUCCACCCCGGAGACCCCUGCUUCUCCGGGCCCCCCAGUUUACCCCAAGUGAAGCUCACUUGAAGAUCUACGAAUCGGUGCUUACUACUCCUCUUGGGGUCCCUGAAGCCCUUGAGCCAGAGCCUCCUCCCACUGAUGACUCUCCAGCUGAGCCUGAGCCACGGACAGUGGGCCGCACCAACCACCUCAGCCUGCCUCGAUUUGUCCCCGUGGUCGUCACUCCUGUUAAGUCUGAGGUGCCCCCGCCAGGUCCUCCAGCUCUGAGCAAUGGUCAGCAGGCUCAGGCUCAGCUGCAGCAGGCCCUACAGGCCUCGAAAGUCCAGCUGCUGUCCCAGCCACUACCACAGCAGCCACAGGCACAACUGCAGUCACCACUACCACCACCGCCACCACCACCACCACCACCGCAGCAGCAGCAGCAGCCACCAUCAUCACAGCUUCAGCCACCAUCAUCACAGCAGCAACCAUCACCGCAGCAACAGCCUCCGUUACCACAGCAACAGCCACUAUCACUACAGCAGCCACCGCAGCAACAACUACCACCACAGCAACAACUACCACCACAGCAACAGCUACCACCACAGCAACAGCUACCACCACAGCAACAGCUACCACCACAGCAGCAGCUACCACCACAGCAACAGCUACCACCAUCUCAGCAGCAACCAUCACUAGAAAAGACCCGGAUUGCCGGUCUGGGUUCCUUACCAUUAUCUGGUGUAGAAGAGAAAAUGUUCAGCCUCCUCAAGAGAGCCAAGGUGCAGUUAUUCAAGAUUGACCAGCAGCAGCAGCAAAAGGUGGCUUCUUUGAUGCCGCCGAGUCCUGGAGGGCAGAUGGAGGAGGGUGCAGGGACUGUCAAACAGAUUCCCGACAGAGGUUCUGUCAGGUCUGAAGAUGAAUCAUUGGAAGCCAAGAGAGAGAGACCUUCGGGCCCUGAGUCCCCUGUGCAAGGCCCCCGCAUCAAACAUGUCUGCCGUCAUGCUGCUGUGGCCUUAGGUCAGGCCCGGGCCAUGGUUCCUGAAGAUGUCCCUCGCCUCAGCGCUCUCCCUCUCCGAGACCGGCAGGACCUCGCCACAGAGGAUACUUCGUCAGCAUCUGAGACGGAGAGUGUCCCAUCACGGUCCCGGCGGGGAAAGGUGGAAUCCACAGGGCCGGGGGGGGACUUAGAGCCUGCAGGGUCUGCAGCAACCCUGGCUCAUACACCUCGGCGCUCACUGCCCUCCCACCAUGGCAAGAAGAUGCGUAUGGCACGGUGUGGCCACUGUCGGGGAUGCCUGCGUGUGCAGGACUGUGGGUCCUGUGUCAACUGCCUGGAUAAGCCCAAGUUCGGUGGUCCUAACACCAAGAAGCAGUGUUGUGUAUACCGGAAGUGCGACAAGAUAGAGGCUCGGAAGAUGGAACGGCUAGCUAAAAAAGGCCGGACGAUAGUGAAGACGCUGUUGCCCUGGGAUUCCGAUGAAUCUCCUGAGGCCUCCCCUGGUCCUCCAGGCCCACGCCGGGGGGCGGGAGCUGGGGGGCCCCGGGAGGAGGUGGUGGCCCCUCCAGGGCCCGAGGAGCAGGACUCCCUCCUGCAGCGCAAGUCAGCUCGGCGCUGCGUCAAACAGCGACCCUCCUAUGAUAUCUUCGAGGACUCGGAUGACUCAGAGCCUGGGGGUCCCCCUGCUCCCCGGCGUCGGACCCCCCGAGAAAAUGAGUUGCCAGUGCCUGAACCUGAGGAGCAGAGCCGGCCACGCAAACCCACUUUGCAACCUGUGUUGCAGCUCAAGGCCCGAAGACGCCUGGAUAAGGAUGCUUUGGUUCCUGGCCCCUUUCCUUCUUUUCCCAAUGGCUGGACUGGAAAACAAAAGUCCCCUGAUGGCGUGCACCGAGUCCGUGUGGAUUUUAAGGAGGAUUGUGACCUGGAGAACGUGUGGCUGAUGGGUGGCCUGAGUGUGCUCACCUCUGUUCCAGGGGGGCCACCGAUGGUGUGCUUGCUAUGUGCCAGCAAAGGCCUGCAUGAGCUGGUAUUCUGCCAAGUCUGCUGUGAUCCUUUCCACCCAUUCUGUCUGGAGGAAGCAGAGCGCCCCCUGCCACAACAUCAUGACACCUGGUGCUGUCGCCGCUGCAAGUUCUGUCAUGUCUGUGGGCGCAAGGGCCGGGGGUCCAAGCAUCUCCUGGAGUGUGAGCGCUGCCGCCACGCUUACCACCCAGCCUGCCUAGGACCCAGCUACCCAACCCGGGCCACCCGCAAACGGCGCCACUGGAUCUGCUCAGCCUGUGUGCGCUGUAAGAGUUGUGGUGCCACUCCUGGCAAGAACUGGGACGUUGAGUGGUCUGGAGAUUACAGCCUCUGCCCCAGGUGUACCCAGCUCUAUGAGAAAGGAAACUACUGCCCAAUCUGCACACGCUGCUAUGAAGACAAUGACUAUGAGAGCAAGAUGAUGCAGUGUGCCCAGUGUGACCACUGGGUACAUGCAAAGUGCGAGGGGCUCUCAGAUGAAGACUACGAGAUCCUUUCGGGGUUGCCAGACUCAGUGCUGUAUACCUGUGGACCAUGUGCUGGGGCCACUCAUCCCCGCUGGAGAGAGGCUUUGAGUGGGGCCCUGCAGGGGGGCCUGCGCCAGGUGCUCCAGGGCCUGCUGAGCUCCAAGGUGGCCAGCCCACUGCUGCUGUGCUCUCAGUGUGGGCAAGAUGGAAAGCAGCUGCACUCAGGGCCCUGUGGUCUGCAGGCUGUGCGUCAGCGUUUUGAAGAUGGCCACUAUAAGUCCGUGCACAGCUUCAUGGAGGAUAUGGUGGGCAUUCUGAUGAGGCAUUCAGAGGAAGGAGAGACCCCAGACCGCCGGGCUGGAGGCCAGACAAAGGGACUCUUACUGAAGCUGCUAGAGUCUGCGUUCGGCUGGUUCGACGCCCACGACCCCAAGUACUGGCGACGGAGUACCCGGCUGCCAAACGGAGUCCUUCCCAAUGCUGUGUUGCCCCCAUCCCUGGACCAUGUCUACGCCCAGUGGAGGCAGCAGGAACCAGAGAGCUCAGAAUCAGGGCAACCUCCAGGGGACCCCUCAGCUGGUAAUGCUUCCUUUUCAGCCUCCCAAGGCAAGGAUCCAGCCGAUUCUUCACACCCAGAGGAUCCCCGUCAGUGUACACUCUGCCUCAAAUAUGGAGAUGCGGACUCUAAGGAGGCGGGACGACUCCUCUAUAUCGGGCAGAAUGAGUGGACUCACGUUAACUGUGCCAUUUGGUCAGCUGAAGUAUUUGAGGAAAAUGAUGGCUCCCUCAAGAAUGUACAUGCUGCUGUUGCUCGAGGGAGGCAGAUGCGCUGUGAACUCUGCCUGAAGCCUGGAGCCACAGUGGGCUGCUGCCUUUCCUCCUGCCUCAGUAACUUCCACUUCAUGUGUGCCCGUGCCAGCUACUGCAUCUUCCAAGAUGACAAGAAAGUUUUCUGCCAGAAACACACAGACCUGCUGGAUGGCAAGCCAAAAAGUCCCCGACUAUCCAGUCCUUGCCUACAGAACCUUCCCACGCAUCCCCCUCGCCACCCACCAAUCCAGCAACCCCAUUCACCACCCACCUCCCAGGAGAUCGUGACCCCCGAUGGAUUUGAUGUCCUCCGCCGAGUCUACGUGGACUUUGAGGGCAUCAACUUCAAGCGAAAGUUCUUGACGGGGCUUGAACCAGAUGCCAUCAAUGUGCUCAUUGGUUCUAUACGAAUUGACUCUUUGGGUACCCUGUCUGACCUCUCGGACUGCGAGGGACGGCUCUUCCCCAUUGGUUACCAGUGCUCCCGCCUGUACUGGAGCACAGUAGAUGCUCGGCGGCGCUGCUGGUAUCGGUGCCGAAUUCUGGAGUAUCGGCCAUGGGGUCCCAGGGAAGAGCCAGUUCACCUGGAGGCAGCAGAGGAAAACCAGACCAUUGUGCACAGUCCCACCCCUUCUUCAGAGCCCCCAGAUCAUGUAGAUCCCCCACCAGAUACAGAUGCCCUUAUUCCUGGAGCUCCUGAGCACCAAUCACCUGUUCAGAACUUGGACCCCCCAUUUCGGCUGGAUCCCAGCAACGCCCCUCCUCCAGCCCCCCGCUCCUUCUCAGGGGCUCGAAUCAAAGUGCCCAACUACUCACCAUCCCGGAGGCCCUUGGGGGGUGUCUCCUUCGGACCCCUACCCUCCCCUGGAAGUCCAUCUUCUCUGACCCACCACAUACCCACAGUGGGAGAUCCGGACUUCCCAGCUCCUCCCAGACGUUCCCGUCGUCCCAGCCCCCUGACCCCCAGGCUGCCACCAUCACGGCGGGCCUCCUCUCCUCUUAGGACCUCCCCUCAGCUCAGGGUGCCCCCUCCUACCUCAGUUGUUAGAGCCCUCACACCUACCUCAGGGGAGCUGGCUCCCCCUGGCCUGGCCCCAUCUCCUCCACCACCCCCUGAAGACCUGGGCCCAGACUUUGAGGACAUGGAAGUGGUAUCAGGACUGAGUGCUGCUGACUUGGACUUUGCAGCCAGUCUGCUGGGGACUGAACCCUUUCAGGAAGAGAUUGUGGCUGCAGGGGCAGUGGGGAGUAGCCAUGGGGGCCCUGGAGACAGCUCGGAGGAGGAGGCCAGCCCCACCCCCCGCUACGUCCACUUCCCUGUGACUGUGGUAUCUGGCCCUGCUCUGGCCCCUGGCCCCCUUUCUGGAGCCCCCCGCAUUGAACAGCUGGAUGGAGUGGAUGAUGGCACAGACAGUGAGGCUGAGGCAGUUCAGCAGCCUCGGGGACAAGGGACUCCUCCUUCGGGGCCAGGAGUGGGCCGGGCUGGGGUCAUUGGGGCUGCAGGAGAUGGGGCUCGACCUCCCGAGGACUUGCCAUCAGAAAUUGUGGAUUUUGUGUUGAAGAAUCUAGGGGGACCUGGCGAAGGGGGUGCUGGGCCCAAAGAAGAGCCACUUCCUCCAGCACCACCCCUGGCCAAUGGCAGCCAAGCCCCCCAGAGUCUGCCUCCUACCCCAGCUGAUCCCACCCGGACGUUUGCCUGGCUCCCUGGGGCCCCAGGGGUCCGAGUAUUGAGCCUGGGUCCUGCCCCUGAGCCCCCCAAACCUGCCACGUCUAAAAUCAUCCUUGUCAACAAGCUGGGGCAAGUGUUUGUGAAAAUGGCUGGGGAAGGUGAACCUGUCUCACCUCCAGUGAAGCAGCCACCUCUGCCCCCUCCCCUCUCCUCUACCACCCCCACUUCCUGGACUCUGCCCCCAGGACCCCUGCUGGGUGUGUUACCAGUAGUAGGGGUGGUCCGCCCUGCACCACCACCACCACCACCUCCUCCACUGACAUUGGUGUUGAGCAGUGGACCUCCCAGCCCACCCCGCCAGGCCAUCCGGGUCAAGAGGGUGUCUACCUUCUCUGGCCGUUCUCCACCAGCACCUCCCCCAAGCAAGACCCCCCGACUGGAAGAAGAUGGGGAGGCCUUGGAGGAUCCUUCCCAGGGGACAGGACUUAGUGGCAGUGGGUUUGGUCGAGUAAGGAUGAAAACGCCCACAGUGCGUGGAGUUCUAGACUUGGACGAUCCUGGGGAACCCACUGGGGAAGAAAGCCCAAGACCCCUCCAGGACCGGUCCCCUCUCCUGCCACUUUCAGAAGGUGGUCCUGUCCGGGCCCUCGAUGGUCCCUCUGACCUGCUGCUUGAGUCCCAGUGGCACCACUACUCAGGUGAAGCUUCAAGCUCUGAGGAAGAGCCUCAAUCCCCAGAGGACAAAGAGAAUCAAACCCCAAAACGGGCUGGUCCCCAUCUGCGCUUUGAGAUCAGCAGUGAGGAUGGGUUCAGCGUGGAGGCAGAGAGCUUGGAAGGAGCUUGGAGAACACUGAUUGAGAAGGUGCAAGAGGCCCGAGGACAUGCCCGCCUCAGACAUCUCUCCUUUAGUGGAAUGAGUGGGGCAAGGCUGCUGGGCAUCCAUCACGAUGCUGUCAUCUUCUUGGCAGAGCAGCUGCCUGGAGCCCAACACUGUCAGCACUAUAAGUUCCGCUACCACCAGCAGGGAGAGGGCCAAGAGGAACCACCUUUGAAUCCUCAUGGGGCAGCCCGUGCUGAAGUUUAUCUAAGAAAGUGCACCUUUGACAUGUUCAACUUCCUGGCUUCUCAGCACCGAGUGCUCCCUGAGGGAGCCACCUGUGAUGAGGAAGAAGAUGAAGUGCAGCUCAGGUCAACCAGACGGGCCACUAGCCUGGAGCUACCCAUGGCCAUGCGCUUUCGCCACCUCAAGAAGACAUCCAAAGAAGCCGUGGGUGUCUACAGAUCUGCCAUCCAUGGGCGGGGCCUGUUCUGUAAGCGCAACAUUGAUGCUGGCGAGAUGGUCAUUGAGUACUCUGGUAUUGUCAUUCGCUCUGUGCUGACUGACAAACGGGAGAAGUUCUACGAUGGGAAGGGCAUUGGGUGCUACAUGUUCCGCAUGGAUGACUUUGAUGUGGUGGAUGCCACGAUGCAUGGUAAUGCCGCCCGAUUCAUCAACCACUCCUGUGAGCCCAACUGCUUCUCUCGAGUCAUUCACGUGGAAGGCCAGAAGCACAUUGUCAUCUUCGCCUUGCGCCGCAUCCUUCGUGGUGAGGAGCUCACCUAUGACUACAAGUUCCCCAUUGAGGAUGCCAGCAACAAGCUGCCCUGCAACUGUGGCGCCAAGCGCUGCCGUCGGUUUCUUAACUGAAGCCGUGGCUGCCUCCCAUAACCCCCUAUAAAUCCUCCUGCCAUCUUGCUCCUAGCCUAGGGGCUCCUUGGUUCCCCCCAGAGCAUCUCACCCCCACCUGUGUGUUCAGGGUGGAUGUGGGCAUGCAGGUGGCAAGGGCCCUGCCUCCAACCCUUCAGUCCAUCCAGCAAUCGCCCCCUACUUGUCCCAGGGGGGGCUCAGGAUGUAGAUACUGUACAAAAGUUUCUAAAUCCCUUCUUUUCUAUGCACUUUUUUUAUUUAAGAGGGUGGGAUCCCAGGUGGGAACCCCUCCACAAUAAAGUCUGUCAAUGUUUGGA